CUUCCCGGCUCUUGCUCCAGAGCCUAUAGAAAAUACUCCUGCGACAGUCCCGUUUUCUCAGGUAUACGACGAACAACUCCGACGUAGGACCCGGGAAAACUUCAUGUUUUUUUGCGAGUACUUUGACGUGGUUGCGGCACCUGAGAUCACAUGGCAGCCGUGGGACGUGAUACCAUUGGGGCUCUAAUUCCAGUAUGACACAGCUAGGGUCAUCACUCGCCAUCAUGUCCUUCUCGAGGGCCCGAUCUGCCGCACAUGGUUCUUGGGCGAGCGUUUCGCGUGCUAGACGUUAGGACUGCCUGCCCCAUUCAUACCGAUGGCACCUCCAAUGUCCAUAAGGGCGACGCACAGACUUUCUGCUGAGGAGGUGAUCUAGUUCAUGGUAGGACUAGAUGCGGACUAUUUUCGUGUAGAAGGCGAUUAUGCGACCUUCAUCCAGACACAUCUAAUGCCGCCUCUUACUAGCGUUCGUGGAGGUGAGGGAGCAGGAGCUCCAGCUGUGAGAGAGAGAGGCAGAGAGGCUAAAGCGACCAGGACUCAUGGCAGGAGAGAUUCUCAGACGAGGCAGAGAGCGGGAUGGCCAAAGCUGCCUACUUCACUGACUUGCUGGGGACGUUCUGGGGAGACCUAUCAGAUACCCAUUGAGCCUGCACCAGUUAGUCACGAGCUUGUCGGAGUUCGAGGCUCGAUUCCGGCAUCCAUAGAGUACACCGAGCAGGCUCUUGAGCUGGCGACUUCUCUGAUGGGGAUGGUACAGACGAGCAUGAACCUGCUCAGCCUCUACAGGAUUCCAAUAACUUCCCUCAGUUUGCACUUCAUGUCAUCAAAUUUUCUGCUGAUACAUUAGCACUUCAACUGUUCCACACUACACUGAUCUGAUACAUUGCACUAAAACACACGUAUAGAUACACUGCUCCCAUAUACUGCAUACAUACACUGCAUCGAUACACUGUAUCUGAUAUACAUCGCAACUAAUGUAUUCUAACAAACUGCCCUUUUCAGAUCCCUUUCCAGAUCCCAACUCCACCGGAUGUCCCAACAGGAGCCACAACAGGACCUUCGGUACCUCCUCCUACAACAAGGAGGAGAAGGAGACAAGCUCCGACACGUAGCCGAGGCAGAAUUAGGGGCACCCGCGGCGAGAGUGGCCCUUCAGAGCCCAUUCUAGGCGAGGAUGAUGAUGAGACGAGCGAGGAUGAGGGUGAGGCAACAAGCCUACAGUCAGAGUCAUCUGAGGAUGGAGACGACGAUGCCGGCUCGGAUUCUGCUAGUGGUGAGGCUGGAGAGACGGAGGAGGGCUCUGGUUCAAACUCUGAUUCAGAUUCAAACAGCGGUGCCGAUGGAGAUAGUGCCCCAGAGUCCGCUCCACCGAGGAAGAGAACGAAGAGAGCCUCUCGAGCUUGAGGCGGCUGGCGCCAAUUUCGAUGCUUUUUGCUUUGUUUUCUUUUUGCUAGUAGUGUUAGCACAUUGUACAG